ACGGGUCGGUAUCCGUGUCAGUAUUGUCCCAAGCGGUUCACACGUCCGUCGUCACUGAAAACACAUGAAUACUCCCAUACCGGUGAAAAACCUUUUGAGUGCGAGGAAGGAUGUGGACGCAGGUUCAGCGUUCACAGUAACAUGCGACGUCAUUUGAGAGUU